CUUGCUGGCUCGCUCUCUCUCCCUCUCUGUCUCACUCUCUCUCUUUCUCUCCCUCUCCUAUCGGAGCACAAUGAAAGCCUGUGUAUCGCCGUGACUCCGGGCGGGAGCCAGUGUCAGCAAAGCGGCUAACAACAGACGAGAAAGAGAAAGGAAUAUACAAGCUACUUUUUUGUGGUUCUUUUUUUUUUUUUUCCACCUCUAAAGCGAAGCAAUACAAGAGAUAGAACCACAUUGCUUAUUGCGAGUCCAGACCCUCAGAUCCACUGGCCGGGGAUGGAAUGUACAAAAGUGGACAGAAAAGUGGCUGGACAUGACUCGGUGCAAUUUGCUGGAAGUUUGUAAGUUGGACCAUCGUUUGUAAAUUACUCUCGGAAGAGUUUGUCUCUCUUGAUACUGUGUUAGAAUAGAGCUGGGGGUGAGGAAUAGAAACCUAAGUGGGAAAGGAAAAAAAAAAUGUGUUGGAGGAUCUCGCUCAGUGGCUUGCCACUUCAGAUUGCUUUGCUUUAAGGCUGGGAAACCUUAGAGGGAAUGAGGAUUUUAUCGGUGAUUGGAUUAGCUGGAGAAAAACCAUGGUCCAAAAGUCCAAUUACUGACAUUGUUAACAAUUGAAAAGCUGUCUCCCGCUUUGGGGAGAAGACACCAUCCUCCAGUACCCCCAAAGAGGAGUGUGCACCGGAGCAGAGGGAAAGGGAGAAAAACUAAAGCCCAAAAGACGAGGCUCUCUUGAUUUGUUUGCACAUUUUGAACCCUCAGAAGCCUUCUGAAACAGCACUGUUUUGUUCUGGUUUUUAAUUUUUUACUUAACCCUAAGAAAAAAAAAAAAAGAAGAGGCUGCCAGUUACACAGAGUAGGGUAGAAACGUGUUUCUCUAUGGAAACAUCCCCAUAAAGCAUUCUCAGAAACAAUUAGGGGAGGGGGGAACCAGCCCGCCCUCUAUUAAUACCUCGCUCUGUUCUUUUCGCUGUCGGCUUCUGUCUCUGUCUUGACCAUCCCUGAGUUCUUGCUCGAACCCCCAAAUCGUGUGUUUACAAAGUACCUGGUGGCGCUUGUCAGCUCCGUCGGGGGAGAGGGGGGGCAAAAAAAAAAAAAAAUCCAACUCUUUCCAACUUCUCCAGAACUGUCAGCCGCAAUUAGAGUAAGUUGAUCGGGGCUGGUUUCCAACUUACCCUCCCCAGCUGGUUUCUGUUCUUUCUCCCUCCUCUCUUUUGACUAACUCCCUUCCCCCACAUCUUCGCCACUGCUCCCCCCCACCCCAACCCCUGAAGACCUCUAUUCAUGUGGCCCUGAACACUGAGCUCACACUGACAAAAUCAGAUUUGCCUGCCAUAGUCAGCGGUAGCCCCCUUUCCUCCUCACCAUCCCAAGCCUUGUGUACAGUAAGAUGGGGGACACAGCGCCCCCGCAGGCCCCCGCAGGAGGGCUAGGGGGGGCCUCUGGGGCGGGGCUCCUUGGAGGGGGCUCAGUCACCCCGAGAGUGCACAGCGCUAUCGUGGAGCGCCUCCGGGCUCGGAUUGCCGUCUGCCGCCAGCACCACUUGAGCUGCGAAGGACGCUAUGAGCGUGGUAGGGCUGAGAGUUCUGAUCGCGAGAGGGAGAGCACCUUGCAGCUCCUGAGCCUCGUCCAGCACGGCCAAGGGGCAAGGAAGGCUGGCAAGCACUCCAAGGCCACGACCACCGCUGCCACCACUGCGGCCGCUGCGCCGCCCUCCGCCGCCCCACCUACAGCCUCCCAAGCAGCAGCCACAGCAGCCCCGCCACCCCCACCAGACUACCACCAUCACCACCAACAGCACCUGCUGAACAGUAGCACCAGUGGUGGCGGUGGUGGGAUAAACGGAGAGCAGCAGCCGCCAGCUCCGGCCUCGGGGGACCAGAGGAACUCGGCCCUGAUUGCGCUCCAGGGUUCCUUGAAAAGAAAGCAGGUAGUUAACCUGUCUCCUGCCAACAGCAAGAGGCCCAAUGGCUUUGUUGACAACUCAUUCCUGGAUAUCAAAAGAAUUCGUGUUGAGGAGAACCUCUCUGCAGGACAAGGUGGCCUCCAAGUAAAUAAUGGACAAAAUCAGAUUAUGUCGGGGACCUUGCCUAUGAGCCAGCCACCCCUGAGGAAGGCUAACACCCUGCCACCCCAUACACAUUCUCCUGGCAAUGGUAUGUUUACCAUGGGCUUGAAGGAGGUGAAGAAAGAGCCAGGAGAGACUCUGUCUUGCAGUAAGCACAUGGAUGGUCAAAUGGCCCAGGAGAAUAUUUUUUCAAAUAGAUUUGGAGAUGACUCUGGAGAGCAGCUGAUGGAUCCUGAGCUGCAGGAACUGUUCAAUGAACUCACCAACAUCUCUGUGCCUCCCAUGAGUGACCUUGAGCUGGAGAACAUGAUCAAUGCCACCAUAAAGCAGGAUGACCCAUUUAACAUUGACUUGGGUCAGCAAAGCCAGAGGAGCACCCCUAGGCCCUCCUUGCCCAUGGAGAAGAUAGUGAUCAAAAGUGAAUACUCACCUGGCCUGACUCAGGGCCCCGCAGGCUCUCCACAGUUGAGGCCCCCAUCAACUGGGCCUACAUUCUCCAUGGCCAAUUCUGCUCUUUCCACAUCAUCUCCAGUCCCUUCAGUCUCUCAGAAUCAGGUUCAGCCUCAGACAGCCUCAGGAGCCAGCCGGGCCCUGCCAAGCUGGCAGGAAGUAUCCCAUGCUCAACAGCUCAAACAGAUAGCUGCCAACCGUCAACAGCAUGCCCGGAUGCAGCAGCACCAGCAGCAGCACCAGCCUACCAACUGGUCCAACCUGCCCUCUUCCACUGGACCAUCCCCAGGUCCGUUUGGGCAGGAGAAAAUUCCCAGCCCUUCUUUUGUGCAGCAGCCAUUCAGCCCACAGAGCUCACCUAUGCCUGGGGUGGCUGGCAGCAGCAACCAGUCAAAAGUAAUGGCUAACUACAUGUACAAGGCCAACCCCUCGGCCCAGGGUGGGCAUCUGGAUGUGCUCAUGCAGCAGAAGCCUCAGGACCUCAGUCGAAGUUUUAUUAACAACCCACAUCCAGCCAUGGAGCCCCGUCACGGCACCACCAAGCCUUUAUUCCAUUUUAACUCAGAUCAAGCAAACCAGCAGAUGCCUUCUGUUUUGCCUUCCCAGAACAAACCUUCUCUCCUACACUAUACCCAACAGCAGCAGCAGCAGCAACAGCAGCAGCAGCAGCAACAGCAGCAGCAACAGCAGCAGCAACAGAGCUCAAUUUCAGCUCAGCAACAGCAACAGAGCUCCAUGUCAGCUCAGCAACAGCAGCAGCAGCAACAACAACAACAGCAACAGCCAGCAUCCCAGCCCACGCAGCCUUUAUCAAGCCAGCCUUUGCUAAGGUCACCCUUGCCGCUUCAGCAAAAGAUCCUGCUUCAGAAAAUUCAGAAUCAGCCCGUCACAGGACUGGGGUAUCAAGUCACCCAACAGCACAGACAGGAUCAACACUCUGUGGUAGGCCAGAGCACAGGCCCCAGUCCAAGUCCCAACCCCUGCUCAAAUCCAAACACUGGAAGUGGUUUCAUGAACUCCCAGCAAUCACUGUUGAAUCAGCAAUUGAUGGGGAAGAAGCAGACUCUUCAGAGGCAGAUCAUGGAGCAGAAACAGCAGCUUCUCCUGCAGCAGCAGAUGCUGGUUGAUGCGGAGAAAAUUGCUCCACAAGAUCAGAUAAACCGACAUUUGACAAGGCCACCCCCAGACUAUAAAGACCAAAGAAGAAAUGUGGGCAAUAUGCAACCAAAUGCUCAGUAUUCCGGUGGCUCAUCAACAGUGAAUUUAAACUCUAACCAGCCUUUGGCAAACCCAGUUUCCACACAUACCAUUUUAACUCCAAAUUCCAGCCUCAUGUCUACUUCCCAUGGGACAAGAAUGCCAUCAUUACCCACAACAGUUCAGAACCUUGGGAUGUAUGCAAAUCUUCCUUGUAAUCAACCUGGCACAUACAGUGUCACUUCAGGAAUGAAUCAACUGACCCAACAGAGAAAUCCAAAUCAAUUGAUAGCAAAUCAAAACAACCCUCUGAUUCCCCGGCCACCCACCUUAGGGCCAAGUAAUAAUAACAAUGUGGCCUCUUUUGGAGCUGGAUCUGUUGGCAAUUCACAACAAUUGAGACCAAAUUUAACCCAUAGCAUGGCAAGCAUGCCAGCACAGAGAACAUCAAAUGUCAUGAUCACAUCUAACACAACAGCACCAAACUGGGCCUCUCAAGAAGCAACAGCCAAACAGCAGGAAGCCCUGAAGUCCACAGGAAUCCGCUUUUCCACAGGUACACCUGCAUCCUAUACCCCAAACCAGUCGUUGCAACAGGCAGUAGGUAGCCAGCAGUUUUCCCAGAGGGCAGUGGCUCCUCCUAACCAGUUAACACCAGCAGUGCAAAUGAGACCCAUGAACCAAAUGAGCCAAACAUUAAAUGGACAAACUAUGGGUCCACUCAGGGGUUUGAGUCUCAGACCCACUCCGCUAAGUACGCAGAUUUUGCCUAAUAUGAACCAGUCAGGAACAGGGUUGAACCAGACGAGGACAGGCAUAAGCCAACCACCAUCCCUGACACCGAGCAAUUUCCCUUCACCCAACCAAAGUUCCAGGGCUUUUCAAGGAACUGAUCAUGGCAGUGACUUAACUUUUGACUUCCUCAGUCAACAGACUGACAACAUGGGCCCUGCCCUAAACAGUGAUGCUGAUUUCAUUGAUUCCUUACUAAAGACAGAACCUGGUAAUGAUGACUGGAUGAAAGACAUCAAUCUUGAUGAAAUCCUGGGGAACAACAAUUCCUGAAGGAGAAAAGAGAGAACUUGCAAACUCCAAGCACUAGAAGACAGUAUUUUAGAAAGACGCUGUAAAAGCUAAAUGUUGACUUCCAGGUGGACUACAUGGAGACAGCAUGGCUUAUAAAUGAAAAGGAGAAAGUAACUGCGUUGGUGAAUGAUUUGGUUCAACUUCUUGUUUUAAAUCUCAAACCUGAAAGUGAAAUAUUAGGAUAACUUUUCCCAUCUAAACUCCAGGACACAGUAUCCAAUUUAUCCAAAAAGAACUGUGAUGUUGAUGUGUAAUUAAUUGUGUAAAAUAGUCUCCCCAACCUCCUUUUAUCCCUGAAAGAAAAGGAAUAGAAUCUGUAGCUUGUUUAAACUCCAGAUCAUGAGGAGGUACUUGUUCCAAGCAACAAGCAACCAGUUUUUUCUAGCAGCUAUAUGUGGCUUAAUUUUUCCACUCUAUACUUUGACUUAAUUUCCCUAAAACUUGCAGGAUAGAUUGAUGUAUUAUAGGUUUGUUUGAAAUAGCCAAAUGGUGUCCUAAGUAAAGGACAGCGAGAGAAUCUAGAAAACAUCUAGUGAAUUACAAAUUUUCUCAUCACUUUUGCAGUUUUCCUACAUAUACUCUUCAGUGGAAUGUUGUGUCUACUGAUCAAACAAGAAUGUAGAGCUAUGAACCUUGACUUUGGCAUUCACAAUCAAUUCCGAAUCUAGUCUUAACCAAGUUUAAGUAACCAAGGCUGUCCUAAUUGUACUGAAAUAUUGAUGCACACCUGUGUGCAUCAGAUUUCACUCAAGAAUAUUGGACAUUGCUAUAAAGGAGAUGUAUCUGACAGCAAAUAACCUGGAGUGUUACUUAUUGUGGUUGAUGACCACUGGUUUGUUCCAAGUCUCAGUGAAACUGAUCCUUGUCCUCCCUAUUCAUAUUGAUGACCAAUGACUAAUUUCUAAGAGAAGGCAGUUUGGAAACCAAAAGUAAGAUUAGAAGAUAGCAUGUUUUGGUUGAAAAUAAGAACUAGGUUUGGCAGUUACCAGUGAGUAUAAGUGUGAUAGGGUUAAAGGAAUGCCUAAGUGAGAGAAAAAUCUGCUCUUUGGACAUAUUUGGGUCUUGUUAAGGGUUACAUAAAAUGUGGUCGAUUCAUAGAGAUCUGUUAUUUCUCUUGUCCCUGUGUGAUGGAUCAUAACUGCAUGCCAGAGGGACCCUCCAUAUUCAGGUUUUCUCCCUCAGGGCUGAGCACGGUAUCAGAGUUUUUGUUGACUCAUUUAACCUCAGUUCCCACAUAGAGAUCAGCCAUUAAAUGAAUAAGGGGUGCAGAUUUUGGAUGGAUGCAAGACAGCACUAUCAUUUCCUUAAUUACAGAAGAGGAAAAGUUAUCUUCAGCCCUUUUAGUGAUACACUCACAUAUUCAAAUAUCAAAUGUCAUUUAACUCAAGUGGUUUAAAAACAAAGUCUUUAAAUACCUAGUCAAAACAGAACACACAUUUUGAAAGUUUGGCAAAGCUCUCUCUUACUCUUUAAAAUGCCUAGAGGCACUCUCCUUUUACACAAUACCAACAUCACUGGCCCAGAAUCUUUUCUGUGCUGGUUUGUAAAUAAAUGACUUGUUUUGUAAACUUUUGUAAAGAAUAUUUUGGUAGAAAUAUUAAAACAUAUUCUUUGGGUUAUAUUUAUACAUAUGUGAAAUAAAUAUACUAUCAAAAGGUUAUAUUUUAUACAAAAAGUAAAUUGUUACCUUUUGUAUGCUAAUAUACAAAGUUUUGUAUAAUAUGAUGGUUUAUUUUUAGCUCUACACUUAAACCAUAGGUGGUUUAGUGGGAACUUUUGAAAACUAUCAAGAAGCUUGUUAGACAGAUUUAUAUUCUGAAACCUCAAUAAGAAGGCAUUCCAGGUUUCAAUCCCUUCUUUUUUUUUUUUUUUUUUUUCCUGCUUCCAAAUUCUUUUUUAAACUCAUGGUUCUUGUGUCUUAUUUGAUUAUUCUGCUGUGCAUAUUGUAUUGGUCCUUGUUGCAUGUGGUCUACUGUGUGUUUUCCCAUUUUAUAAAACAGUGUUUCUCCAUACAAAAAAGAAAGGAAGAAAUGAUGUACAUAUAAACAGUUUUAUUUUAUGGCUCCUCCAUGUUAAUGUAUAUAUCUGCCAGCACUUCCCAGUUACACUCCUGUGAUUCAGCUUAUUUUUAUCUUAACAUAAAUAGUAUGUUUUUUCAUAGCUAUCAAAUUUAAGAGAUAAAGCAAUCAGAAUGUUUGGAUUUUCUUCUAUCUUAAUGUGAAUUUCAUAAUUAAUGUCUAUUUAUUCAGCUAUUCAUUAAAAUGCAGGAUUCUUUGGAAAAAUGGUGUAGUCCAUAGUUUUUGUUUCUUGGUAGCCUAUUACCAAAGAUGAUGUAAUUUUCCUGAAAGCUGAGAUAAUAACAGUUUAAUAGUUGUGUUUAGCCAAAACCUUAGGAGUUACAAUUUAAGAACUAUUGGAAUACAAUCUCCCAUUUAUAGAAAUACUAGACUACUUCACUGUUGGCAUUGUUUAUUACCCUGACUUGUUAUACAGAAGGUAGAAGUAAUUUUUCUUUUUUUUUAAAUGCAAAGUCUAGAAAGCAAUUGAAGCAAAUAACUCAUUCUUGGCUUGAUGUUAAGCCCAAUGAAGAUAAAUGACUCUGCUCUAAGUGAAUGCACUAAUAUUACCUGCAUUACUGUACCUGUACCCUUAACUGUAAAGAUUUCAAUUUGUAAAACAAGUAUUUUGUAUUAUGUGUAAUUCUAUGUGUAAAAAAAAAAUAGUUUUAAAAAAUUCAGAAGUGGUUUUCUUGCAUGGAAUCGUACUUUCAGUCACCAAUGAUGAUAUUGCUGCUGUAUCACGAAGUUCUGAGAGCUGGUAAUAGUAAUGAAUAUUCAACAGGAAGCUUCUAAUACAGCAAAAUGCCACCUUGUCUCAUUUCAGUGUCUUGUGGUGCAUUUAGAAAGUUUGUACUGGAAUUCUGUGUGCAUUGCACUCACUAAAUGCGUGGGAAACACUGCCUACUACUCAGACACUGUAGGUGUUUGUGCACCCUGCUAUGUGCCAUUUGGUCAGCUCAGGCUAUGUGAAUACAGGGCCAGGUAAACACAGUCUGCCUGAGAAUAGUGAUACAGCGUUUCUUGAGAGUCAAGGGGUAAAACUUUGUAGUAGGCAAGGGACCAUUGCAAAUCCUUCUGCCCCACAAUCUACUGGCUCUUUCCCCCUCUUUCAACAAAAAUGUGUAGAACAUUCUCUUUUUUUAUUAACAUUAUUAGUAGAGCAAUAAUAAAAUUAACAUGUGGUUUUUUUAACAAAUGAAGUUGGAAAGUUGGAUGGUAAACAGAUAAGACCAACAUCGGUAAAAAUAAAUGAUACACAAAUUAAGAGAAAAAAUAUGCAAUUCCAAAAUUAUCUAUGAAUCCCAGGGUGUAGCAAUGGAAAUUUAUUUCAGAGAGAAAAUGGGAAAGUAAACAAGAGUGGAAAAGCAACAACAGCCAAGCUUCUUCCCACGCUGCAUUUGCCAAAGGUAGUUCAAAUUCUUAAUUUCUUUAU